UAUGCAACAGUUUUUUUACGGACCUUUGUCGUGAACGUAUCAAUUUGUGUUUGCAAAAAUAAGUGCAGUUGCGGCUGAGCCGGGUUCUGUGGCCACGGAUUUUCGGAAUGGGCCCUUGAUUUGUUUUGUUGUGGUUUGGUUUUUGUUAGAGUAUGAAAUGUCUUUGUGAGUGGCACAGGAAGCGUGACAAACGGCGGAUGCAUGUCAGGAGUGGAUAGUGGAGAAAGAUGCGGUCGCCGCAACACAAUCCGACCGCCCCGCAUCGGGCGGGCAGGGAACUCGAGCCGGAGUUGCACCUUCAUUAUUUGGCGCCGGGGGCCUUCACCAUCUUGCCGCCCGACAACUUACCACCGCCCGAUCCGCCCUCUGCACCACAACCUUACCGGUUGGCUAAUCAAACCACAAGGCGUAAUAGAAACCAAGCGUUUUCGAUAAUCGCCGAAUCGAGUUCGAGAAGUUCGUCACCAACUGGCCGCGUAAGUCCGUUCAGAGGUCGAGGUUUCAACCCGGCGGGUUCUCGACACGCGUCUCCCAAUCCGUCACCACCUCCCGAAGAUAUCAGACAAACCCCAUCGCCCAGACAUGUGUCCAAAAUUCCGACCCUUUCCAGGCGGCCGAGCAACGUUUUGGGAGAGAAGGUUAGUCAUCUGCCAGCUCCGCGGAGAAGGUUCCACUCGCAACACAGCCAAAGUUUGUCCGAUUUGGAACAAGACAAGACACCAAUUGCGAAAAAAACGUUCGGUUACAACAGACCGCCGGCGUUCCAGCAGUUGUCUCCGAUAGCCGGCAGUUCGCCUGAACCCAGCCAAUCACUGUCUUCCCCCUCUAGGAUUCCGAAGAGCCGCAGUCAGCCCGGUAGUCGGAUUACUUCACCUGCCAGAACGCCGUCAGGUUUAGCUGCCAAACCGCCCAUUUCCAGACCUGCAUCCAGGAACCAGUCCCGGAACCAGUCGAGGAACGUAAGUCGCGAGACCAGUCCCGUUAAAAAUCCCACAUCGCCAACUAGAAUACCCGUCAGCAAAUACAGAAAUGUGCAAGCUAAAGUUAAUAGUUUUAGUUCUAAACCGAAAGUGCCUCCCAAACCGCAAAAUCAAAGUGAACAAAGUGAACUCACCGAGCAAACUGAAGACUCUGACGCCCCAAAGUCGGCUGCUAAACCUAACGUGGUGAAACGGGAUAGUGUUAGGCGGCAGAGAACAACUAAACCUAACGUUUUGGCUAAAACUUCUAGUAUUAGUAAUAUUGCAAAUGUAAAUAACAAUAACAAAACGCACAGCGGCAGCGAAUAUAAUCAACAGAAGGUUGGUACCACAAUAGUGCGCCACCCAAGUAACAAACGUCCUGUUAAAAAUGUUAAAAGCAGCAUAAAAAAGGAGAAGGAGAAGGAGAAGGAGAAGGAAAAGAAAACCGACAACGAAACCAGCGACUUGACCUCAGCAAUCGAAACACACGAAUCAGAACUCAGCACUGACGAAGUGCUGAAAGAAUCCGAAAGUGUUUUAAAGUUAACCGAUCUGACACCAUCCACAACAGCAGUAGUAUCAAGUACAACCACCACAAUAACCCAACCUUUAAAAAUUGAUGCCAAAAUUGAUCCACCGCUGGUAAAAUACGACAAACCAAAACCGGUCUCGCCAAUGGUAGAUGGAAGAGUCUUGAGCGCCACAAGUGUCUCCAAUGCCAUUAACAGAAUGAACGACACAGUCUUAAACACUCAGACCGUCAUAAAAGAUCACGGUUUUUCAAAAUCAUCUCCUGCAGCCACCAUAGUUUCAAUGGCCAACGAAACGAAGCCAGAAAAUCCUGCUGUUAAUACGAAAAAUCUCACAACAGCGUUACCAACUAUUGACACGACCGCCACAGUUAAUAAACCUAAAGAGAAGAAAUUAAAUAAUCACGUUACGAGUGUGGGAAUCUCGGAGCAGAACCACGUGUCCCCCGAUCAUCCAAUGGGGAAUUCGGUGCAGAAAAGCGUCAACGACAGGAUCAAGGAGGCGAGGACUGUGGUGGCUGCCGAUGUAAAACCCAUCAAGAUUAUGGUACAGGAGAAGCCUUCGGAUGUUGAGGUGCAGAGUGGGAACGUGCGGAUUCCCGUCAGCGCCACCAAUGGAUUGAGCGAACGGCCAAGUUUGCCUCCAACGAAUCACACGCCCCCGAAUGAGCCGGAGCCAGCGAAACCGUCAGAGAAAACAAACGCGUGUACAAGAUUCCUGUCGACGUGUCGCAGCAAAAUUUCUUGCAAAUGCUGCAAAAAAGAAACCGAACCCCAACAACCCAAAGAAGAACAAAACGAAGAUGAUGCUAAAACAGGUUGUUUCAACUGCAGAAAGAAAAAACCUGACCAGGUGCAGAUCAAUAUUGAACCGCAAGAGGACGAACCUAAGAAGAAGUUUUUGGAUAGGUUGAAGUGUUGCGGGAAGAACAAGGUCGGUGACAGGACUGGUUGGUUUUCGAAGGGGAAGAGGAAAGAGAGUUGGGCGCAGCGCAGGGACAGUAUUUUAAGCGAUCCGCCCCUUCCAAAAUCGAAGUGUUCGAGAUUUAUGCGGAAAAUGUUUUGUCUUGACUUGUGCUGCAAGAAAAAACUGAGCGUGGAAGAACAGAUGAGUCGCAAGGCUUCCAUGAUGAGCAAGAAGAAAAGUCUUACUCCUACUACAAUGCCUCCUCCAGAGGAUACUAAGCCAAAGUUAGAUUUGAGUUUGGUGGAGUACACUUCAGCGAUGAAAGGAGCCAUACCAGUUUUACCAGUUUCCUUGGCUUGGUUUUGUUUAGUUAUGAACUGUAUAGCGCCUGGAAGUGGCACCGUAUUUAGUGGAAUGUUUUGUUUAUGUCUUGGCAAACCAAGAUUUUCUCAAAAAGAUGGACCAAAACAACGAAUAGGUGCUUUUAUAAUAAACAUUUUUAUUGGUGCAGGACAAUUUUUUACGGUCCUGUUUUGUUUAGUGGGUUGGGGAUGGUCGAUAUGGUGGGGAGUAAUUAUGAUAAAAAUAGCAAAAAAACAUCGGAAAAUAAAACAGAUGGAGGCGAUGGAAGAAGCGGCGGAGCAAAGAACAAUACCAUCGAUAAAUCAGAACCACCGCGACGCAGAAAGAGGCUCUUGAAUUCUGUCAUGGUUGACGAGUUAUUACUAAUUGUAUGGCAAAUAAUGUAAAGAGAACAUUUUUUAUACAAGCUUGGCGAUACACAAAACUUUUUUCGCAUAUUUGGGAAAUUUGUAAUAUGAAAUUUGUAUACAUAAACUAAAGUAGGAAAAUCAUUUUUGCUGGACAAAAAUGUUGUAUCUAUUGUAGAUAAGAAAUAAAAUGCAAUUGAAAUAUAACACUAUUUUUUGUAAUAAAAUUUGUAGAAAUAUUGUGUAGCCCAAAAGGUGAAGGUUGUUAAAACACAAUGUAACAAAAAAUUAAGCAACGAAUCUUUUAAAUGCGUUGGAAAUAUUUUUGUAAUUUUACUGAAACUAAUGACGCACAAACUUAUUUUGUUUUAAAAUAUGUAUCAUCUAAUUACUCUACGUUUAUUUUAUAAAUAACAUUAGUCUGGUUGCGCAUCAAUCAUGAACAUUUUAGUUGCAUGUUUAUUUUAAGUCAAUUAUUAUAAUUUUAGUCACAAAUUAACGGAUUACUAAUAAUUACAUUUGAAAUAAUUUUGUAUGAACCGAUUUGAAUUGCUAAUGGUAUUAACAUUUGUUAACCAAAAUUGUACGUUUAUUUAUUAACAAAAAUGAUUAUUGUAAAUAUAUACUGUUUUGAAAAUAAAUUACAUUG